AGUCGACCAGGAUGCCGGUGUUCAUGAGAACAGCAGCGUGGACAGUUAGAUCGGGGCUUGCCACUGGUCUAAUAGAAUUGUCUGUGUUUCGACCCAGAACAUUAGGGUUUUCCGUGGGCCGGACAUCUAAUUUGCAAGUUGAUGCACGUUGGUAUUGCGCACAAAGCCCGGUGGUACAGAGAGCGACAAUAGCGGGCUUGACGCCGCAUCUGACAGGGUUGAAUCACUUCGUAGGUCCCUCUGUGCUCACUUUCUGCAAGAGGAUGACAACUUCACCAGCCUCCGUGUCGGACAGCAUGAGCCAAAGAUUAGUAUGGGUGGAUCUGGAGAUGACCGGACUGGACAUAGAGAAGGACCAAAUUAUCGAAAUGGCCUGCAUCAUAACAGACUCUGACCUGAACAUUUUGGCUGAAGGCCCUAACUUGAUCAUCAAUCAACCAGAUGAACUGUUGGAUGGAAUGUCAGACUGGUGUAAGGAACACCAUGGAAAGUCAGGGCUGACACAGGCAGUGCGGGAUAGCAAGAUCACCCUCCAGCAGGCUGAAUAUGAGUUUGUCUCCUUCGUCCGGUUACACACCCCUCCUGGUCAUUGUCCCUUGGCAGGAAACUCUGUUCAUGCUGAUAAGAAGUUCCUGGACAAGUACAUGCCCCAGUUCAUGCAUCACCUCCACUAUCGGAUCAUCGACGUGAGCACUAUCAAGGAGCUUUGCAGACGCUGGUUUCCAGAGGAGUACAAGCUCGCCCCGCAGAAGAAAGCAUCACACAGAGCACUGGAUGACAUUCAAGAGAGCAUUAAAGAGCUGAGGUUUUACAGAGAAAAUGUUUUCAAAGUGGAAACGGAGGAAAAGAAGCGUAAAAUUGUGGAAAAUGGAGAAGGCGGCAAGUGUGUCAGCUGAGCUGGAGAACGGGAAGCUCAGACACUGGGUGGAGAGAGCCUAGACAAAAUCAAAACUUAUUUGCACACAGUUGUAAACAGCAAACUUUCUCUGGGACCUAUGUUGUUUUAGAAUCCCUUCUUUCCUGUCUGUGAGCCACAGUGAAUGCAGAGUGUUACUGGUUCAGGUUACCUGUUCAUUUCCUUUCUGAGGUUAGGUUUUAAUUUCAGUAGAAUAACAGCACAUUUUGAUGUGCCAAUAUAUUUCAGUCGUUGAUGUCAAGAUUGAAUGUUUCUUGUUUUGAUCACACCUGCUUGUAUUUAGUGUUGUCCUUGUUUUCUUAAUGUAAGCAAACAAUAAUAAUCAGGUGGACAAUGA